AUGUGCAACGACUUUGAUUCUAUGUUCAAACCAAUCGUCUUAGUGACUGGUUUCGGCCCCUAUAUUGGUCACCCGGUAAACGCCAGCUGGGAAGCUGUGAAAAUUAUGAAUAAAGAUGAAAUUGAGACGAAACAUAAUGUAGAACUGGUACUGCUUGAAAUACCAGUCACUUACGAAAAUGUGGAUGAAUUCGUGCCCGCGCUAUGGGAAACGCACACCCCUAAAUUGAUGAUACAUGUAGGAGUAUCAGGUCAAGCUACCUGUUUUGACCUGGAGUCACAAGCUCAUCGGAAAGGGUACAACAAAUUCGACUAUUUCAAUAAGUGCCCUGCUGAUAAUGUCUGCACUGCUGAAGGAGCCAUCAGGAUCCAUAGCAAGUUGGACGUGGAACGGAUUAGCAAAGAGUUUAAUGGAAGUGAGCCUGAUAGCAAAAUAACGACCCAGGUGUCCAAGGAUGCUGGCAGGUACCUUUGCGAAUAUAUCUACUACACAUCGCUAAGCAUAGACAACACCCGCACCCUGUUCGUACACGUGCCAGUUAAAGAAAUCUACUCCUCAGAGGAAACCGCCCGAGGUCUGGAGCGCAUCCUAGACCUCUGCCUACAGCAGAUUGAUGAGAGGGAGAAGGUGGCCAAGAUCGCUGACAAGUUAAAAAAUGCGGAACUAUCAGAUGAUGCUUAA